AUGCAACGCGUUUGCUUAGUAUUGCUCAGCCUGAGUGCUGCUGCAAUGGCGGGUUUCCUUGGUGGUGGCAGUAGUGGCGGCUGGAGCUCCGGCGGUGGAGGGGGCGGUAGCCGAGGCUGGAGCUCAGGUGGUGGCGGAGGCGGCUGGAGUGGUGGCGCCGGCGGCAGCGGUGGCAUCUCCUUAUGGCCUAGCAAAUCUUCUUAUAGCAGCGGCGGAGGCGGUGGUGGUUGGCGUUCCUCAGGCGGUUGGUCCGGCGGUGGCAGUAGUGUCGGUAGUAGUGGCUGGCCGAGUAAGAGCAGUUAUAGCAGCAGCUGGUCUGGUGGUGGUGGUGGUAGUGGUAGUAGCGGUGGUAUAUGGAAACUAAGCAGCCUUGGUGGUUCAGGUGGACGCGGUGGAAGUGGUGGCGGCUGGUCUUAUGGAGGUGGUGGCGGCGGUAGUAGUCUAAGCUCUGGUUGGGCUCAAGCGCUCAGCGGCUGGAAGUCAAGUUUAGGCGGUAGUGGUGGUGGUGGCGGUUGGAAGUCAGGCGGCGGUGGCGGUGGUUUUGGCGGUUGGAAAUCUGGUGGCGGUAGCAGCAGCGGCUGGUCGCUGGGAGGUGGCGGUGGUGGCGGUUGGCCAUCUGGUGGAAGUAGUGGUUGGUCGUCCGGUGGUGGUGGUGGAGGCAGCGGUUGGAAGUGGUGA